AUGGAGUGUUUUCGGCAGCUAGGUCGACUGAUUAAGGCCCCGUUCAAGCGCGAGAAGCCGCAGCCGCGGGUGCUGGAGAUUGGUCCCCCUACCAACUUUCGGAAGGAGGAAAUGCCUUCAUUUUUCCCGGACGAUGAUGCCGCGACUCUGCACAGUCGGGGAUCGACCUUGGAAAAGGAAAAGGAUAUCGCCAUCGCGGCCAUCGAACGGCAACAGUCGACACGGGAUAAGAUCAAGACGCAUGUUCGGCGAUUGAGUCGGACGGCCGCGGCGCCAAGGCCGUUGGCGGAACAGGAGGAAUGA